AUGUCGAGUCCAUCUCGGCUAUCUACAUGGCCGCAAUAUCCGGAAGUUCCGAUAUUUUUCGAUACUCACGAUGAUUCUGGGAAACCUGGGACUCGAAUAAAUAGUAGUGGAAGUCUCCACGCCCCAUCUCCGACCACUUCCUGCGAACGAUUCAUCCAGCGUCAAUCAAUACGUGAAAACAAUGGGUCGACGCCGGACAUUGCCCAAAGAAUCGAGAAGAAAAUUUGGAUAUAUAAUUCUUCUGGAAACGUUGUCGCACGAUGGCUUCUCGAAAUCAUUUGUUGGAGCACUAGCGCCAUCUGCAUGGGCGCUAUAGUUGGCAUCCUUUUAUACUACAGAGAUAGGAAACUGCCUCAGUGGCCGGGUAACCUGACCCUGAAUACCAUGAUUGCCAUCCUUUCCAAAGUUGCAUCUGCAUCCCUCAUACUACCAACAGCCGAGGCGCUAGGCCAACUGAAAUGGAGCUGGUUCCAAAGUGGCUCAAAGAAGAUGUGGGAUUUCGAGAUUUUUGAUAAUGCUUCUCGGGGGCCGUGGGGGGCUCUUCUCCUUUUAAUCCGCACAAAGUGCAAGACACUGGCAGCGCUCGGAGCUGCCGUAACUUUGCUUUCGCUCGCUCUCGAUCCCUUCUUUCAGCAGGUAGUCGACUUCCCGCCACGCUGGACUUUGCAGGGAAAUUCCUCCAUCCCCAAAGUCACCCGGUACCAACCUCAUUUUGGUCAGAAGUUUCAGGGCACAGUAGAGGUUGUUCAACAAGACCAGAACACCCAGGGUGUUGCGGAACUAUUUUUCUACGGUCAUGGCACUCAGCCAAUCAUCCUUGGGAACGCAACAAGGCCUGAUAUCCCCCUACUAUGUCCCACGAGCAACUGUACAUGGCCGCCGUACGAAACACUGGGAGUUUGCAGCAAAUGUGUAGAUGUGUCCUAUCUCCUAACAUUUACUUGCCUUACUACAAGAAUAGACUGGUUUGCAAAUCAGACUGGUGGAGUUGAUGCUGUGUACCCUAAUGGAACAGCAUGCGGGUAUUUUCUCAACGCGACGAGUGACUUCCCAGUUCUUAUGUCUGGGUACAGCAUUAAUCCUAUCACAUCUUCACCAGGAGAAGCCCUCCUGAUGCGCGCUUUGCCAAUGGUGACGGCCCCCUCAAGACAAACAGUAUUUGGGGGCUCCAUCAAUUUCAAGCAUGUUCGCAAUCCAAUCACGGACUUCCUGAUUGUUGGUGCCUCAAACGGGCUCAAUAGCGUUUACCAGAACAAGACUCCCAUAGCACAUGAGUGUGUUCUCUCGUGGUGCGUCAAAAAGAUCACAUCUUCGUACUACUGGGCGAAUUACAAAGAGGAAGUGAUAGAUCAGUUUGUGAAUACAACCGAGGGACCUUACCCAUGGCAAACAACCCGAACCACCGGGCCUGUCAAUGGGACCAGCACAUUCUACCUUGAAAGUAUUACGGUCGAUCCUUCGAAUGGUGCGGGUGGUCCUUCAUACGGACUUUCUAACAAUACAGCUAUACAAAACAUGGCCGUCUUUGACGACAUGUUCCCUUCCUUCGCAACCGUGGCGAAUGCUUCUACCACCCCAUUGAUGCGAUACCAAGUGUACGUGAAAGGCCAACCUAGACUACGCAGCUUCGGGGACAAUCCUUGGAUAGCGCCGAACAAUGUGACAAGCCAUAUGGAAAAACUGGCCACAGCCCUGACGAACGUAAUUCGAUCUACGAACACCACGGAAACGGUGUCCGGGGAGGCUUUCAGUAUGGAAACCUAUGUUGCAGUGAGAUGGAUUUGGCUUUCCCUACCUUUUGUCGUCCUUUUUCUUAGUCUGAUUUUCCUCAUUGGCACGAUAAUCAAGAGCUCAAUGGAAAGGGAUCAGGUUGGCAUCUGGAAAACGUCGGCUAUUGCGACCCUGCUCUACGGUCUUCCGGAUGCGAUGCAGAAGAAAAUCACCUCCUCUGCCACUAUGGGUACUCCGCGAGCUAAGACUAAAGAGUUGAGAGUUAAAUUGCUUCCUAAGAAAGGCUGGAGAGUUUCUGGGAACUUAUUUUCCCCGUUGGCACCAAAACAGAAUCAGCCGCCACCCGGUUGGAUUUGAGACUCUACUGAUCGCACCCUGACCUAUGUAUCUUCUGCGAUAUUUGCCAAUCAAAGCUAGCAUCAACCCUAGAAUCCUUUGAACUGGAAACUUUGAAAUGGAUAAGGCUCGUAUACGAUACGGACAAGCUACCUUGCCUCACAGUCGUCGAUCAUCCGAUGUCCACCUGCAAGUGCAACCUUGCAGCACAAAAUGAACCUCGACUGCCCUCAGUCUCAUAACGACA